GAAAAAAGAGGGGGACAUUAAAUAUGAAAAAUGGGGUGUCUGAAAUUGGAGAGGCUUUUAGGAUGAGGCUUUCAUUGGUCACCAUUCAUCCAAGAUAAAUAAAACCCACUCAAUCAUAUAAACUCAUCAUCUUCUUCUCUUCAACAUUUCCCUAAAUAAAACACAAAGAAAGAAAUAAGAAGAAGAGAGAAAUAAUGGCACUGAGAAUGUGGGCUUCUUCUACAGCCAAUGCUCUCAAACUCUCUUCUGCUUCCAAACCUCAUCUCUCCUCUACAUUUUCUCUCUCCAAAUCCUUCUCAACCGUUUUGGAUGGUUUGAAAUAUGCAACUUCACAUGAGUGGGUCAAACAUGAAGGCCCAGUGGCUACAAUUGGCAUUACUGACCAUGCUCAGGACCAUCUUGGAGAAGUAGUGUUUGUGGAUCUUCCAGAAACUGGUGUGUCUGUCUCUGGUGGUAGCAGCUUUGGAGCUGUGGAGAGUGUCAAAGCCAGCAGUGACAUAAAUUCACCAAUCUCUGGUGAGAUUGUUGAAGUUAACUCCAGCCUUAAGGGAAAACCUGGCUUGAUCAACACAAGCCCAUAUGAAGAAGGAUGGAUGAUCAAGGUGAAGCCAAGCAAUCCCUCAGAGUUAGAAUCAUUGUUGGGGCCUAAGGAAUAUACAAAGUUAUGUGAUGAGGAAAAUGCUGCACACUAGUUGUUCAUUUUCUAUGCAUGUGCAUUACUCUUGGAUUUGCUCCUCAAGAAAAAAGAGAUGAGAAAGAGAAGACAAAAUCUUGGAUUCUAACUAAUUUGCAGCUCUUUUAUGAUUGUUGUAAUUUGCUAUUUUUCCUUGGAGUUUUAUUUCUCUUUGUUACACUUUUCUCUGCAUCUUCAUGUAAGUAAUGAUCCUUUCAUGAUUUCUUUCUUCA